UAGAUGAUCGGUAGGGGAUAGAUGAUUAGAUAGAUGACAGAUGAUUGAUAGAUAAGGGAAACUGCCUCCUUUGCUUUCCCUGAAGACCAGAGAAAAGCGCGUUUCUCAAGGCCUGCCUUUUGCCAGCUCUGCAGGGUUCGGGGUCCCCCGGGUACAGUAUGGUGGAUGGGGGUAAACCUGCCCCUUACUGCCAUUGAAGGCAGCAACCGCGCGGCUGGAGAGUGUAAUUUGCGCGGCGGGGUGCGCAGGGCUGGAGAAGGUUGUCGCACGCCAUGGACAUUAUUUUUCACUCAACAGCUAUUUAAGUGCAAGCGGCCGCAGAAUGGAAGGGGGCGGCGGUCUCAGGAACCGGCCGUGCCCACCUGGGCUUCCCCUCCCGGCCGAUCUUCCGCCCCCCCUAGCUCUAGUCCCUUGGCACCUACCUCCUUUCACGGAGCCUGUGGUGUGCCCCCUCGCAGACCCGCACGUGCAAGGCUGCGCCCCUAGAGGCCACCCAGGUCGAGUCGGGGACGGGCUCGGAGGGCGCACGGUGGCUGCGGCUGCUCCGCUGGCAGUUGCAGGCAAGGAUCGUGCGCUGACGCCGGGCAAGGAUGCGCCGGGACCUCCCGCCCAGGCGCGGCGCGGGCCCCCAGGCCAGAAGAGGUAUGGCCAGCAGCCCGGGAAAGCAGAGGCCCGGAGACUCCCGGCCCCAGGCUAGGACGGCCGCCCCGCCUUCAAGAGCCCAGAGGACUCUUCCACUGUGAUCACCAAGUGGAAGAAACAAAAGCGGUUCAUCUCUGAGUAAGAGGGUGAGGUAAACCCUCGAGGAGGGUGAGGCGCCCGGAAUACGCACAAAGGAAGACCCCGGGGCCAGCCCAAGGACACGCCCCGCGCGGAAGUCUGGAGUGGCUCACCGCAGAUUCACCACCCGGCCAUCCCGCACCCUCCUGUCGGAUUCAGUCCAAAGACAGCGGGCAGGGUGGGUGAUCUCGGGGAAUUUACACCGCUUUGUUCACGUUACACACAUUUGUUGAGUGUUUAUUUCAUGCCAGGCCUUCAGCCGAGCUCAGAGGAUACAGUAGUUAUAAAACAGACAUGAAAAUUAUGGUUCCCCCACCUGUAAAAUGGGCGGAGGGAUGGGCCAACCUCCAUUCCAUGACGGAAUUAGAUGCAGUAUAAUUCAGGCUUUAGCGAUUUACAUCAAUCACAUAAAGCUUGCAAUAACUUAAACACAAAUGUAAAAUGUUAUGAAAUUUAGAAUUGGAAUCCUUGUUUUUUCUUGAACAUCACCAUAUAUAGCCAUUAUUGUGGUUUUCAAAGUAUUUUAAAUUUAAUUUUACAAGGUCAUUUAAUAAUUGUCAGCAAGUAUGGGAUGUUAUAGUUGAACCAUAAUGAAAAACUUGAAACUCUGAAUUUCCUAAUUUGGCAGUUUGUCAACUCCGGGAAGGGGGAAAACCUCUUCUGACCCGACUUCGGCCCAGGCCAACACCCACGGAACAGCUGUGCCUUAUAUAUCUUGAGCAUAAAGAGCCUAAAAGUUUGCUUUCCGGAGCCUGUUCAUGGCUGAAUGGGACACAGGCUGCCUUCAAAAUCUUGUGUGUGAUCUGGAAGUAGUAACGACUGUAUUUACACCGAACUGGUUUCUUAUUUUAGUUGAAAAUAUCUGGAUUGUGCCAAAGAAUUUAAUUGUUUUUAAGCUUUGCUUGUCCUAGAUUUUUAAGAAAGAUUUCAUUGAAAUCGUGUGU